UGUUUCUGCGCAGGUGAACUCGGUAUCAUCGCCAUCAAGCAACAAAAAUGCCUUGACAAGACAUAAAAUAAUCGGGAAAUCAUCAAUUUAGACCACCAGAAAAAGACAGAAAACCAGAACUUGGGUCAAAAUAUAAAAUACUUGGGCUUAUAGUCGGAGAUGGAAGGAAACAAUAAGCUUUUUUAUCGAAAUUUACCUGCUCCGGAGUGAUCAGGACAUCUGCAAACUUCGCGAGACAGAAAUAUAUCGAGCAACCCAGCCAAAGAUGGCAGACGACCGUGUAGCCAUCCUAACUGACGAUGAGGAGGAGUUGAAGAGGAGACACCUUGAGCGUUUUGACCGGCUGUCACUCGAGAUUCAGGCAGACCAAACUGCCCCUCUACCCGAAACCAGCACACCCAGUGAUGACACACCAACUUCAGCCCCUCAACGCGACAUGGGCUGCUGCGAAAGAUUGUCCCUCCGGAUCAACCCUAACCUCCUCGUCUCAAAAGUGUUUUAUUUCUUCUUCUAUGCUGCCUAUGGUUCCCUUCAUCCCCUGCUUGCUCUAUACUACAAACAGCUUGGGAUGAACCCUACCCAAAGUGGUCUCUUAGUCGGAAUCCGAUAUUUCAUUGAGUUCUGUAGUGCUCCCUUUUGGGGAAUUGUGGCAGAUCGUUUCAGGAAAGGUAAAGCAGUCUUAUUGUUCUCAGUAUUUUGCUGGCUACUUUUCAAUGCUGGAAUCGGUAUUGUGCAACCACCUGACUUGAUGUGUAAAGAGGAAAGCGUCUUGACAACCACAGCUAUGAUACCAACUGUCCGACCUACCACAUCUAAUGAGACAUUCUACCUCAAUACCAGUUCAAUCCCAGCAACCAAUCGGUUGAGACUGCGCCGGAAUCUGAUUGGUCGAUCCGUCCCCUUCUCCAGUCUGUCUUCAGUCUACAGGUUCAAACGGGAUUCCAACUUGAGUUUGACCAUGGCACCUCAUGAGUUGGGUAACACAACACAGUCCGACCAAACCACCAUCACCACCACCACUCCACCUAAGCCAAACACGUCCAUCUGGACAACAGGCCCACCUAGCACAAACACGACAUCCACCAGCACCACCACUCAAAGCCCCACAACCACACCAAAACCGCUAGCCCCCGAAUACAACGUGGACCAGGUUCAUGGAGUUUUCCUGCUGAUUCUGCUUGUUAUCAUCAUUGGCGAGUUUUUCAGUGCUCCUGCCAUAACAAUUGUUGAUACGAUGACGUUGCAAUACCUGGGUCCACACCGUGACCGUUACGGUCUUCAGCGAAUGUGGGGAUCACUUGGCUGGGGUGUCGCCAUGCUCUGCAUCGGUAUCUGGAUCGACCACACUAGCACUAACCUUGUCAUUGAUGAAGUGAAGAACUGCUUCAUGGAAAAUUACAAGAACUACCAUAUCGCCUUUAUUGUGUUUGGUGUUUUAAUGGGACUAGCUCUAAUUGUUGCCACUCAAUUUAAGUUUGACCAGCAUCAAACUCAAGGGACGCAAGAAAGAAGUGACAUUGGCAACCCGGAUGGUUCUUCUAGAUCGGAGAACUCUGAGACCCCAACAAAUGUCCAAGCCGGGGAGUUCCACUUCUGGGACUUGAUGCGACUGCUGUGUGGUGUACAGUAUGGCACAGUAUUAUUCGUGGCCUGGUUCAUGGGAUUCGGCUACGGUUUUGUUUUUACUUUCCUGUACUGGCAUUUACAGGACCUAACAGGAACCACCACGCUGUUUGGUGUUUGCUCUGUCUUAAGUCACGUGUCAGAGCUUGCUGCAUAUUUCACCAGCCACAAAUUCAUCGAACUGGUGGGACACAUCAGAGUUCUGUACAUCGGCCUGGCGUGUAACACAGCACGUUACCUCUAUAUCUCGUACCUUGAGAACGCCUGGACCGUGCUGCCAAUGGAAGUAUUACAAGGUGUGACACAUGCGUCCGUAUGGGCAGCAUGUAUCUCGUACCUGAGCGCAGCCGUACCUCCGGCCCUCCGGACAUCUGCUCAGGGCAUCCUGCAGGGUCUUCAUCUCGGUCUGGGCAGGGGCUGUGGCGCCAUGGUGGGCGGCAUCUUCGUCAACUACUUUGGUGCUGCGGAGACAUUCAGAGGAAUCGGAAUGAUGUCUCUUGUUAUUUUGCUCAUUUUUUCAUUCAUCAUGUGCAUCACUGGGCAGGAUGAGAAAAAGGAGGACAAGAUGUUAGCAGAGAACAUUCCAAUUCCAUCCAGUCCUGUACCCAUAGCAACCAUUGACCUGGUUCAAAACACAACAGACUUGACGACACCCACUCGACCCGAGCCCAAACUUCACGCCCGGAAAACACGAUACCAGGAAGAACAGGAGGAUCUGUCUAAGCCCGCCUGGGUACCCUCCGUUUCGCCGUGGGUUACCAUCGCUCUCGCCUUCUACCAGAUCAGAGAGAUGGUUGUCAUGGCGAAGACACGCCCAUUUGUUGAUGUCCAGCCCCUUCAGGAUACAGAUGAGGUCCCAUCAGACUCCCAAGAUGAAGACCAAUCACCUCCAGUCUUUGACAAUGUCAUCCAGCAGGAAAGCUAUCCCAAUAGCCUCCAGUCCCAAGAGGGUCCUGGGACCCAAGGUGCCACAGCACAGCUGCAAUUCCCAACAGGGGACCUAACGCCUGUAUUACCAAGCAACUGAGCACUCACCAUUACUGUCACAACUGAUCCAUGAACACAUUUGUAUUUUCAGUGAAGAGUUUUACAUCGAGACAUUUUGAAAUGGAACUACAUGGACAUAAAAAAGGAAGAUACUUUGCUGUGUAAGUGACCUUUGUAUGUAUUUUAAAUUAUUUUCAGGACUUUUGCACAAGCUUUGAAUAAAGCCUGUCAGUUUUAAACUAACCUGUUUGUACAUUUUGUUCACCUGUAGAGGGCAGCAGUGUACGGGCACUGUGCCAGUAUCACACAAUGGAUAAUUGUGAGGAAUAUAAUGAUUGUGCAUUGUAUAUAUUCAGUCUUACAGUUUUUCUCUUGUGAAACACUACUAUUGGCUGGUUGCACUAAUAAAUGGCAUUGAAACAGUU